AUGUUUUUUCAAGUGGUAAUUGUGGUGUUGAUUUGUGUAAUUGGUAUUGAUUUAAGUAUCCGUUUCAAAAAACAGAGGGAGUUUCAUUGUGUUGAAAAACUACACGUGAAAGUCAUGGAUGAAUCCAUAGAGUCUUUAACUCAGCCAGACUUAAGCUUCCCUUCUGCUGCACAAACAAAUCCAACGAUAGAUGCUCCUACACCAAUGACGCCAUCGACUGGACCCCAAAGUGGUAAACAUGAAGAGUUUUCUGUUGAAAAAGUUCUGGAUCGCAGGAUCAAGAAUGGUAAAGUUGAAUAUCUUCUGAAGUGGAAAGGUUAUUCUCAUGAGGAUGAUACUUGGGAACCAGAAGACAAUCUGGAUUGCCCAGAACUAAUCUCAGCAUAUGAAGAAGCCAGGCUCAAGAAAGAAAAAGAAGAAGCAAAUACGGCAGCAGCUGCUGCAGCCGCCGCUGCUGCUGCUGCCGCUGCCGCCGCCGCUGCUGCUGCUGCUGCUGCUGCUGCCGCUGCUGCACCCCCUACAGUUCCUGCUCCAGAUCCAGUUCUAGAAGAGAAUUUAGCUAACCGUAAGAGAAGCAGGAGAGGAGAUAAGAAAAAGAAAGGAGAGGCAUUGCAAGAGAUUGAGAAACCUCGAGGCCUGGCUCGAGGGUUAGCUCCUGAGAAGAUCUUAGCUGGACAACUGUUUCAUGGCACAUUGUACUUUUUAGUAAAAUGGCGAGGAUGCUUAGAUGUCGACGUGGUACCCGGCCAUGACUUGGGCGAAGCGUAUCCAGACUUUGUCAUAAACUAUUACGAAGAAUGCGCGCCAUUCAGUGUAAGGCACAAAAUUGGAAAAAUACCUAGAAUUGCACCAGAGUUGCCUGAAGAAUGUGCCGACAAAGAAGCAAUACCUGAACCAAUGGAAAUAACACAAGAGAAUGAUAAAGGUCCCGCGCCGCCUGACGAGCCGCAGCCCGCGGCGGUGCCCGUCAACUGA